AUGGGUAAGAUCAUCUUCUACGAGGACAGGAACUUCCAGGGUCGCUCCUAUGAGUGCAGCAGCGAAUGCUCUGACCUGCAUUCCCACUUCAGCCGCUGCAACUCCAUCAGAGUGGACAGCGGUGACUGGAUGGUCUAUGAGAGACCCAACUACAUGGGCUACCAGUACUUCCUGAGGAGGGGCGACUAUCCAGACUACCAGCGCUGGAUGGGAUUCAACGACUGUGUGCGAUCCUGCCGUGUGAUCCCUGCGAACCAAGGCUCUCACAAAAUGAUGAUCUACGAGCGCCCGGAGUUUGGAGGCCAGAUGAUGGAGCUGACCGACGACUGCCCCUCCCUGUAUGAGCGCUUCCACUCCAACGACAUCCAGUCCUGCAACGUCAUGGACGGUCACUGGAUCUUCUACGAGCAUCCCCAUUACAGGGGACGCCAGUACCUGAUGCGCCCCGGCGAAUACAGGAGGUUUAAUGAGUGGGGAAGCAUGAGCUCUAGGGUGGGAUCCAUUAGACGCAUCACUAUGUGA